CACUGUUUUGGUAUUUCUCAUCUCUCUUUCAAGUCCGUUUUCGUAGAGGAAGGAAAAAGAAGGUCUUGGAGAGAGAAGAAAAGACUAUUUAAAACGACCUAUCGUCGUCGUCUUCGUCAUUGUUUUCGUCUUCUGCAAUUCUUGGGUCCGAUCUGUUAUCCUUUUCUCUCUCUUUGUCUCGUUCUUACUCUCCCUCCCUCUCAAUCAAUCGAAGGAGAGGUACAAUUCUUUUCUUCUGGUCUGAUUGUUUUUGUUGCAGUAGUGUUGGUUUAAUUGUUUUCUGAGAACUGAAUUGGUGAGAGUAAAACCUUAAUCGGUUUUUGCUCAAGGGGUUUUCUCUUAGAGUCCUUGCUCGGAUUUUAUCGAUCCGCGAGGGCUUUGAUUUGUUCGACGUUGUUGGUUCAUCUCGGAGGAGACGAACAUGUCUUCUCUUAGCAGAGAACUGGUAUUUUUGAUACUUCAGUUUCUUGACGAAGAGAAAUUCAAGGAGACUGUUCACAAAUUGGAACAAGAGUCUGGGUUUUUCUUCAACAUGAAGUAUUUUGAGGAUGCCGUGACAAACGGGGAAUGGGAUGAGGUCGAGAGGUAUCUUUCUGGUUUUACGAAGGUGGAUGAUAAUAGAUACUCGAUGAAGAUCUUCUUUGAGAUCCGGAAGCAGAAAUACCUUGAAGCCCUAGACAAACACGAUCGUUCAAAAGCUGUAGAGAUUCUGGUGAAGGAUUUGAAAGUGUUUUCGGGUUUUAAUGAAGAUCUUUUCAAGGAAAUAACGCAGCUUCUCACAUUGGAGAACUUCAGGGAGAACGAGCAACUCUCUAAGUAUGGAGAUACCAAGUCUGCCAGGGGUAUAAUGCUUGCUGAGCUAAAAAAGUUGAUUGAGGCAAAUCCCCUUUUCCGUGAUAAGCUUCAGUUUCCCAGCCUGAAGAACUCUAGAUUAAGGACGUUAAUCAAUCAGAGUUUAAAUUGGCAACACCAGCUUUGCAAGAAUCCGAGGCCUAACCCCGAUAUAAAGACCCUUUUUGUGGAUCAUACUUGUGGACAACCAAAUGGGGCUCGAGCUCCAUCCCCUGUGCCAAUUAUGGGGUCCAUUCCAAAAGCAGGUGGCUUCCCACAAAUAGGUGCUCAUGGUCAGUUUCAGGCGACACCAACACCUCAUCCAACUUCUAUUGCAUGGAUGGCUAAUCCAUCCCCUGUACCCCAUCCCACAGUUUCUGCUGGGGCAAUAGGCUUAACUGUUCCUAGUAGUGCAGCAGCAGCUAUCCUAAAGCGCCCUAGAACUCCUCCUACCAACAACCUGGCUGUGGAUUAUCAAACAGCUGAUUCUGAGCAUGUGUUAAAGAGGUCAAGACCUUUGGGAAUGCCAGAUGAGGUUAAUAAUCUGCCUGUAAAUACUUUGCCUAUUGCAUUCACCAGCCAGAGUCAUCAUGCCCAGAGCUUGUACUCCCCAGAUGACUUGCCUAAGACUCAUGUUGUGACUCUAAAUCAAGGCUCUGCUGUCAGGAGCAUGGAUUUCCACCCAAUGCAGCAGACGCUACUUCUUGUUGGAACAUCCAUUGGUGACAUUAUGGUGUGGGAGGUUGGUAGCAAGGAAAGGCUUGCUCUUAGAAAUUUUAAGGUUUGGGACAUUGGAGAAUGUUCAGUGGGUCUGCAGGCAGUUCGGGGUAAAGAAACCUCUAUGUCUGUCAACCGUGUGAUGUGGUGUCCUGAUGGCACUCUUUUUGGUGUUGCAUACUCCAAGCACAUUGUGCAAGUGUAUUCCUACAUUGGUGGUGAUGAGCUGCAGCAGCACCUGGAGAUUGAUGCUCAUGUUGGUGGUGUUAAUGAUCUUGCGUUUUCACACCCAAAUAAGCAAUUGUGCAUUAUAACAUGUGGAGAUGACAAGGCUAUCAAGGUGUGGGAUGCAGUCAACGGAUCAAAGCUCUAUACUUUUGAAGGUCAUGAUGCACCUAUUUAUUCUGUAUGCCCCCAUUAUAAGGAAAAUAUUCAGUUUAUCUUCUCAACAGCAUUGGAUGGGAAGAUUAAGGCUUGGUUGUAUGAUAACUUGGGUUCAAGAGUUGACUAUGAUGCACCAGGACAUGCAUGUAUGAGGAUGGCCUACAGUGCUGAUGGGACAAGGCUUUUCUCUUGUGGGACAAGUAAAGAUGGGGAUUCAUACAUUGUGGAAUGGAAUGAAAGCGAAGGGGCUGUGAAACGGACUUAUCAUGGUGUUGGGAAACGAUCUGCGGCUGUUGUGCAGUUUGAUACCACCAGGAAUCGAUUUUUGGCUGCUGGUGAUGAAUCAGUGAUUAAAUUUUGGGACAUGGACAAUGUUAACCUUUUGACAACAACUGAUGCAGAAGGUGGAUUACCGCAAUCCCCGCAUAUUCGGUUCAACAAGGAAGGGACACUAUUGGCUGUUUCAACAAACGAUAAUGGUAUCAAAAUUCUAGCUAAUGCAGAUGGGCAUCAAUUGCUGCAUACCCUUGAGAAUCGUCCAUUUGAUGCUUCAAGAGUUGCUUCUGGUUCUAUUGUGAAGGCACAUACAAUUAACACAUUUGGACCUACAACAACUGGCACAAAUGUAGGUGUUGUAGAUCGAGGUCCUCCAACAAUGGGAAUAGUUGGACUGAAUGGAGAGAGCCGAGGUUUGUCUGAUGUGAAACCACCCAGAGUUGGAGAGGAUUCUAUAGAGAAGCCUAAGAUUUGGAAGUUGACUGAAAUCAACGAACAAUCUCAGUGUCGUGCAAUGAAGCUUCCUGAUGGCUUGAUGGCAGAAAAGGUAUAUUAUCUCCAUGUACUACCUCUUAAAAUAUCUGAAUGAUGUUGUUUUUAUUUA